AUGAAGACCAAGGCUUAUGUAAGCCUUGGCUUUCAUUCCUGGUUUUACCUCGAACUGAGCUCUACCUUUGUGUGCGUGUUCUACCCCCUGCCCCCACCCCCCUGCCUAUUCAACAUCAACGACAAGAUCAAGGAGAAGAACGUCAACACAAUUACCUGCGAUUCUAAGGACCUGGAUCUGUACCUUGCGUUCAAGGAAGGUGCGUGGUUGAACCUCGCUGGCGCCAAAGCUUUGACGCUCGACGACCUGAAAGGCUUCGACACGAUGGAUCCAUUGUCGCGCAUCGACAAUGCAAUGCACUUUGGAACGAGGUUUCAACCGAACGAAGGCGAAGUUCACGUGUUGGUGACUGUUGCUGUCGCGAACGAGAAGUCGUCGACGACGCAGUUGGCCGCGCCAGCUCAAGAGCAAAUGGUGGAGACCAAGCAGAAGAGAUAUGUCCAUUCUCAAAUGAACUCCGAAAACGGCGUCGAAUUUCUGCAAAACAUGAACAUGUGGGUGAAAUACUGGUCCGCGACCCCAUACCCUGAUGAAGACCGCUUUACGGUUGAUGCUUUCCACUGGGAAACCGUCGACGUUGCUGGUCAAACCAUUGCGCUAACCGAGAGCCAGCAACGAGCUCGAUACCGCGAGUAUAUGGAAACCGGCAUUGGCAAUGUGCUCGCGCAAGAGAAGCUUUGUGUGGUUGGGGUUGAAAAUGCCCCCGACCUCCUCACCGCUUACAUUCCCCAUCUUGAUAUCCACCUCGCUGGACGUACGGACCUGGUCAUUCUCAGUGACGAAGUCUUGAGGGGUAACGCUGACGAUUUAAGGGUGUUACCUGGAGCAAGGAUGGUGGUCGAAGUGAAGAAGUCUAUUCAAUCAGACUCCAUGUUCCAGGCCUUGACGGAGCUCACCGCGUUGGACCUGCUUACCACAGAUCCAGUGGUGGCCCUCUUGACAGACCUGAACGACCAUUGGCACUUCUUCUGGCUCUCGGAAGUCACAGGAGAAGGCACGGAGAAACUACAUGUUUUCGUGAAAUGGCCUAUCACCAACCCAGGACAAGCUUUCGAGAUCAUUCGGACGCUACUCACGAGUUCAGCUACAGUCAUCCAAUUGCCGGGCUCUAAAGCUCUGGCAAACCGACGAAAGCUGACGCAUAUGUUGCCGACCAUCGGCGAAGGUGGCGGUGGGGUUCUCGACAGCAUCGAACGCUACUUUGAUAUCGAAAGCGUGUUGGGCCCUGACGUCGAAAUGGCGCGGGCAGUGGCGCGUCAGGUCGUGAGUUCGAUUCCCAAUUUCAAUACUACUACCAAAAUUGAAGCCUCAUGGGAGCCGGCGGCCAAUUUGUUGGAAGACAUUCCAACUGAGUUCAAGCGCUACGUGCGCUCAAACAAGACCGAUCCCCAAGUCAAGGCGAUGGCAGCUGCGUUGGGCGUGACACAAUCGUUGGGGGGGAUUGUUGCGAAUUUACCAUUCGCGGAACCCCUGAACACCUCCCAAGAAGGUAUCCAAGUGUUCGAUUAG